UGAAUACCAGGUUUUCCUGAGUUUUAGAGGGCCUGAUACUCGUCUUCCAUUCACCAAUAUCCUCCACGAAGCCUUGGUUGAUGCCGGGAUUCGUGUUUUCAUCGAUGACGUAGGGCUUCAACCCGGUGAAAAAAUUAGCAACCUUCUGCAAGUGAUUGACAAUUGCAAGCUUUACAUACCCAUCUUCUCCAAAGAUUACGCUUCAAGUCACUGGUGCCUUGACGAGCUUGCGAAAAUGGUGGAGAACACCUCUAAACAUAAAGAAGAUGGGAAAGAGAAGGUCAUAUUACCCAUCUUCUAUGACGUGAAGCCCAAAGAUGUGAAGCUGCAAACACCGUUAUACAAGGAUGUCAUAUCGAAUUUGGAGCAAGAGAUGGAGGAUCGGGAGCGUAAGUUCAGCUCCGAGAAUAUAAAGACGUGGCGGGAGUCUCUCGUAGAAGUUGGUGGCAUCAAGGGAUGGGAGGUGGAGAAACAUUCAAGCCAUUUAAAACUCAUCCAGGCUAUUGUUGACGAGGUUGUGGCCAAGCUCGAGACAAAACGGAGACGUGUAACCGGAGAUUUCGUUGGAAUGGAAGAUCAAAUAGCAAACAUAAAGAAAUUAUUAGACAUUGAUUCUGGUGAUGUGCGGUUCAUUGAAUCUACGGGAUGGGCGGUAUCGGUAAAACAACACUCGCCAAGACCAUCUUCAACGAACUAUGUCCUCGAUUUGGCAGAAACUGCAGCUUUCUUGAUGACGUGAGGGAAACGGCAAAAAACAAGACCAUAGUCAAGCUACAAAAAAAUUAUUGUCUGAUAUCUCUUAUUCUAGAGUGGCUCACAAAUUUAAUAAUAUUGAUAAAGGGAUUGAUAAGAUUGAAGCAACAAUUUCCAACAAGAAGGUGCUAAUUGUAUUGGAUGAUGUUGAUGAGGUCAAUCAGAUCCUACAACUAAUCGGAGAGAAAUCUUUGCAUCGAGGUAGUAGAAUACUCGUUACCACUAGGGACAAGAACGUUUUGACUAACAGGAAACUUAAGUAUGGAUUCAAGGAUUAUGAAAUG